AUGUCUACUGCCACUCUUCCCGUCCUCACCAAGACUCCUUUCUCCCAAUCACACACCAUGUCCAACCGCCAGUACGGAACAGUCAAGUGGUACAACGACGAGCAGGGCUUCGGCUUCAUCACCUCGGACUUUGGCGGCGAGCUCAUCCUGCGCCACCAGUCAAUAGCCGACGCCUCCUCGCUCAAGGAGGGCAUGAAGGUCUCCUACGAGGCCAUCCAGGGCCCCAUCCUCCUCAUGGCCGACCAAGUGCAGCUGGAGGAAUAA